CGCCGACCCCAGCGCUUUCAGCCCUGUGAGACGCCAAGGCGCUAACUCACUGCAAAGCCAAGCGCAACGUCAGAUGUGCCCCGCUGUGUGAAUCCUGCCAUGCCAAUCUCAACAUCUCAACUCCGACUGCUUCGUGUUCUCCCGCACGCGUCCGCGGCAAAGACAAGCCAAUCGCAGCCACUGCGCGUUGCGCGCAUGCGAGAAGCCGCCCACCACCACUGUCGCACACGAUGAGGUGACAUCCGACCCGGCGCCUGCAGCACCAGAUCCGCAAUGGCGCUUCCACUCCCGCCAGGCCUAACUCACGCCGAGGUGGCCUUCCUCGCCGAGAUGGAGCUCGUCACCGUCGUGCCGCGCCAACGGCUCGAAAGUAUCGACUUGCUUGCUGGAAAAACCCCACCUCUCCGCCCGCCACACCGCGCCGACCUCCCGCUCUGGCUGGCCCUCCUCCUCAAGAAGCAACGUCGCGCCAACAUCGUCCCGCCGCCCUGGCUCCACCCGUCCUCCCUCUCAGCGCUCAUCCACCGCGAGACCAAAGAACACCCGACCGCCUUCUCCGACCCGCCGCCGCCGCCUGCCCGCGCCGACCCCUCCCGCCCCGGCAUCGCGCACCGCCAAGACGCUUACAACAACUCCACCGACACCCCCCUCUCCGCGCCCUUCCGCCCCUCCUGCACCGCCGACGCUCCCGCCGGCUACCUGCCCUACCACUGGCAGGAGGUGGCCGAGGCGCUGCUCGCGCACGCAGGCGACGACGUGGCGGCGGCCGCCGCCUCAUCUUCCUCGUCUUCCUCGUCCUCGUCAGCAGUGGGCGAAGUGCGUGGCCUGCUGCGCGACCUGGUGGAGGUGCGCGCGGCCAAGAUGCGCAGCAGCACCGCCGCGCUGGAGGGGUUCGGCGGCGGGCUGAUGAGCCUGCGCGGCGUCGGCGCGCUGGAGCUGGCUGAGAGCCGCGCCUUCGUGCUUGCCGUCGUCGACGGGGUGAGGAAGAUCGGGGCCAGCGUGGAGGCGGCGCGGCGGGAGGAGGAGGAGGAGGCGAGAGAGGAGGAGGACGAGGGGCCUGCUGGGCGCGGGGAGAGUGAUGAGGAGAUGGGCAUUUGAGGGGAUACAAUACACUGUAGGAGCGGCUUAGUGAUGGUGAUAUAUCCUUGGUCGUGGCUGUGGGUCAUUAUGAAGAAGGGAAACAUGUACGGUCAGGGGUACAUACAGUAUCUAAUUGCUCGGCUCCAGGCCGACAAUUUCCUCACUGCUGCUGAGCCAAAAACCCAUUCUUCAAUGGGCACCCACACUUUUCGCCAAAUUUCUUGCCUUACUUACCUUCUCGACCAACAUUUCCCGCCUACAUGGUUCUUUCCG